GCAUGAACCUGCGUGAGGUGUUGAAGAAAUACGGGAAAGACAUUGGUCUCCAUAUUAAAGCCGUCCGUUCCUACAGCCAGCAGUUGCUACUGGCCCUGAAACUGUUGAAGAAAUGCAGCAUUUUACACGCAGAUAUCAAACCUGACAACAUCUUGGUUAAUGAGUCCAAACUAGUGUUGAAGCUGUGUGACUUUGGUUCGGCCUCCCACAUCUCCGAGAAUGAUAUCACACCAUACUUAGUCAGUCGAUUCUACAGAGCGCCUGAAAUCAUCCUGGGUAUGGGCUAUGACCACAACCUUGACCUGUGGUCAGUGGGGACCACCCUGUUUGAGCUGUACACUGGGAAGAUCAUGUUCCCUGGGAAGACCAACAAUGAGAUGCUGAAACUGAUGAUGGACAUCAAGGGGAAGAUGCCCAACAGGGUGAUACGCAAGGGAAUGUUCAAGGACAACCAUUUUGAUAGCACUUAUAAUUUUAUGUAUCAUGAGGUCGAUAAGGUGACACAGAGGGAAAAAGUAACUGUCCUCGGCAAUGUCAGCCCCAGCCGCGACCUUCUCGCUGAGCUGAUUGGCUAUCAACGACUUCCUGAGGACCAGAUGAGGAAAGUGACACAACUCAAGGAUCUUCUGGAGAAAAUGCUCAUGUUGGAUCCAGCGAAACGGAUCAGCAUCAACCACGCGUUAACACACCCAUUCAUCCAGGAGAAGAUUUGAUCAUCUUGAGAGAGCGAGAGAUAAUAAUUAUGACAACUGGAAUCAGGUUUGAUUGGUGAUAAAGGUUGUACUGAUCAAAAAUUAGGAAGUUUUUGUUCUGACUUAUUGGUUGAAAUGCAUUAUGACAAUACAAAGAAUGGAAUGAGGUUUUUUUUCCUCUUCUAUGAUUGAGUGAAAGCAUUUUGAAAAAAAGUGCAGACGUUUAAAAUCCGAAAGUACACAAGUGCUGAAACUAUUGCCUCAAAACAAUGGACCAGCUGAUGGAGGUCUUUGACUCUUAUAAGACAAAGAAUUAUAUUUGUAUGAUGAGAAGAUAGACAUUUCAUUAUUGUAUUUUUGUGUAAAACAUUGAUGUGUGAGAUGUAUGCAUUUUUCAGGUUCUCUGACCAUGAAGUAGUCGUAGGAGAUCAAAAGUUUAUCAGGUCUUUUCAAAAUGGGAAACAGAUCUUGAACUGUGCAUACAUUGUCACCAUGAUAGUAAUCUGACUUAAAGUUGUCCAUUCCUUCUUUGACAAUUUCAUGCUGUGUUGAUAGAGGGUGCUGCAAGCAAGAAAAGCUGGCAGGAUGACUCGAAUUUGAUGGGGUCACAGAAGGAGUUGAGACUUCCUCAAUGGCCAUUUAUUUUUACAUUUUAUUUGUUAUGUUACCAUUUUAUGAUUGAUGUACUUCACAUGUUGUAAUACUUGGAAAGCUUGGUUGUUUAGUCAGUUAGAAACAGAUUAAAGUAAUUGUAGUCUAUGAAAUGUAAUGAUUUAUUUCCCAUCUGUUUAAAUAAGCUUAAUGGUUCAGGAAAAAGUUUAUAAGUUUUUGUGCUCUCUUCAACAUAAAAAAUCAACUUCUUGCGUUUUCUAUGUUGCAGUGUCAAGUUUCAUCCUGACAAUGAAUGACCUGAAAAAUGUUUUGCAGUAUUGAAAAAUUGUUAAGAAAAAGUUUAAGGGUUUAGCACCUAGAUCUUAAGAAGUUGAUUUUUUAUUGUUGUACAAAAAUAUUAAAAAUUUUAGUAAUCCAUUAACAUCUACCAGCAAUGUCAAUGUUAAAUCUCCUUUUUUUAAAAAAAAAAUGAUAAUCCAGGGAUUUUUACACAACCAAUCUUUUCAAGUUAUUGAUUUAGUUUGAUUUGUAUUGUAAGAUCAAUUUAAAUGCUUCUGCGAUUCUUGUUUCACAGGUACGCUACUAGUUUUCCCUGACUGUGGCUGCUUGCCUGUGGAUGGAGAAAUCAAUUCUAGCAGUAGAAUAAAAGGCAAAAUGCUGCUUUUUGAAGCGGUAA